GUACGUGCUUUUCCUCACUAAAGGUUAUCUCUUUAGUCCUCUCGGCCAUGACCCAAGUCUCCAGUAUGGAUCGGGACUUUAACGUAAUCUUUAUCGGGGAGAGAAUCAACGGUCGUGAUGUAUGAGCGUAACAGCUUAUGAUCGGAAUCAAUGGAGGGUUACACGUCGGACGAUGAGUUCGACCAAUUGAGUGACCGGUUCGAGAGCUACAGCCUAAGUGCAGACGUGAGUGAGUCCGAGAGCUCCAGCAGCGGUUUCUCUCGUCCACAGUACGAUCAUGAAGCUGGUACUUCGAAUUCUCUGGCUUCUCCUCCUCUUCCAGGAUCCACAUUCCCGGAGAGUCCGGUUCUUCCGACGCCGGUCUCCGGUGGUAGGAACAUUGUCAUUUCGGAUAAUAUGACUGAGAUAUCGGACACUAAUAAUUCCGAAGUAGAAUUGAUGAAGGAGCUAUUUGCUAAACUUCUUUUAGGGGAAGAUAUGUCUGGUGGAGGCAAAGGAGUUUGUACUGCUCUAGCUAUUUCAAAUGCUAUUGCCAAUCUUUCUGCUUCUGUGUUUGGUGAACUGUGGAAGUUGGAGCCAUUGACUCCUCAAAAGAAGUCAAUAUGGCGCAGAGAAAUGGACUGCCUAUUGUGUGUGAGUGACUCCAUUGUUGAGCUUACUCCAUCCAUACAAGAAUACCCUGGUAGUGGGGCAUUUGAAGUUAUGGUCACUCGGCCACGCUCCGAUCUCUAUGUCAACCUCCCAGCGCUCAAGAAACUCGACACCAUGCUGCUUAGCAUCCUUGAUGGAUUCCAUAAUUCUGAAUUUUACUAUGUUGAUCGUGGGAUCGUUGUUAGUGAUGACGCUGCAAGGAUUCUUCUGUCUUCUUCGUCCUCAUCCUCGUCCUCUGGAAGGCCAUUGUCAAGUAGGCAAGAAGAGAAAUGUUGGGUACCAUUUCCUAAGGUCCGCCCAAAUGGGUUGUCUGAAGAUGCGAGAAGGAGGCUGCAACAAUGUAGGGAAUGCAGCAACCAGAUCCUUAAGGCUGCCCUGGCAAUCAAUGGAAACGUUCUAGCUGAGAUGGAAGUUCCUAAGGUCUACUUACAAAGCUUGCCAAAGAGUGGAAAAGCUUGUUUGGGGGAGAUAAUAUACCGUUACAUGACAGCUGAUAAGUUCUCCCCAGAGUGUCUUCUCGAUUACUUAGAUCUCUCAUCAGAGUACACCACCCUCGAAAUAGCAAACAGGAUAGAGGCAGCCGUACACAUUUGGAAGCAGAAGCAUGUGAAACGGCGUCUAAUGGUGGUAAAGCCCUGCAAAACAUCCUGGGGUGGUAAGGUCAAAGGCCUAUCUAGCGAUGUAGAAAGAAAUAAGCUUCUAGCAUACCGAGCUGAGACCCUUUUACAGAAUUUGAAGAUGAGGUUCCCUGGCCUGCCCCAAACUACCUUGGAUUUGACCAAGAUUCAGAAUAACAAGGAUGUGGGUCAUUCAAUUCUCGAAAGCUAUUCAAGGGUGUUGGAAAGCUUAGCCUUCAACAUAAUGGCAAGGAUUGAUGAUAUUCUAUACAUAGACGAUGCCACUAAACGACGUGCAACUUUAGAGUCGAUGUGUGUGUAUGACCCUGGAACUGGAAGGUUUGGUACUAAUAAUGGUGCACCUUUUCCUAGACAGAACUCACAGAAGCAAGGAUUAACCAGUUCUAGCUCUUUCUCAGCUCAACAACAAGCCUCUUUUGCCUCAUCAAGAGUUAAACAACCACCAAUACCACCCCAUCCUCGCAAUCAGAUAGGUGUAAGCCCUGUUAGAAGGACCAAUAAUCUUUCUAUAGAGAGGAUUAACUCAACUGGUGAUACAGAGGAUGAGAGGUUUGAUAAGCUUUCUGCUCACAUGAAAUAAUCAAAAUUAGCCAUUAUUCUCAUUUGUAAUCACGUUAAUUAGAACACUAUAUACGACUCUUUAUUUGAGAACAAACUUGUGGAACCUUAUGCAUCAAUAGCCACCUAAAAGGGUUGGAGUGUUUCUAUUUGGCA